GCAGCACUUCCUCCAAGAUGCUGCCGAUCCUGCUCUCAGUGGCCUUGCUGGCCCUGAGCUCAGCUCGGAGCCCGUUUUUUGAUUUAGAGGAUGCAAACUCAAACUCCGCUGAGAAGUUUCUGAGACCACCUCCUGGAGGCGGACCACCCAGGCCCCCUCCUCCUGAGGAAAGCCAAGGUGAGGGACAUCAGAAGAGACCACGACCACCUGGUGACGGACCGGAGCAGGGACCAGCCCCACCUGGUGCCAGACCCCCGCCCGGACCGCCCCCACCCGGACCGCCGCCACCCGGACCCGCCCCACCUGGUGCCAGACCCCCGCCCGGACCGCCCCCACCCGGACCACCGCCACCCGGACCAGCCCCACCUGGUGCCAGACCACCGCCCGGACCGCCCCCACCCGGACCACCCCCACCGGGACCAGCCCCACCUGGUGCCAGACCCCCGCCCGGACCACCGCCACCCGCUGGCGGACUCCAGCAGGGACCAGCCCCAUCCCAUGUUGGACCAAAGAAGAAACCACCUCCACCCGGUGCCGGACACCCUCCCAGACCACCCCCACCUGCUAACGAAUCCCAGCCGGGACCCAGACCUCCGCCGGGACCACCAUCACCACCCGCUAACGAUAGCCAGGAGGGAUCACCCCCAUCCGCUGACGGACCCCAGCAAGGACCAGCCCCAUCCGGUGACAAACCAAAGAAGAAACCACCCCCACCCGCUGGCCCACCCCCACCACCACCACCCCCACCCGGACCACCGCCUCCUGGACCAGCCCCACCUGGUGCCAGACCCCCGCCCGGACCGCCCCCACCCGGACCGCCGCCACCCGGACCAGCCCCACCUGGCGCCAGACCCCCGCCCGGACCGCCCCCACCCGGACCGCCGCCACCCGGACCAGCCCCACCUGGCGCCAGACCCCCGCCCGGUCCGCCCCCACCCGGACCGCCGCCACCCGGACCAGCCCCACCUGGCGCCAGACCCCCGCCGGGACCUCCACCACCAGGACCACCGCCACCCGGACCAGCACCUGGUGCCAGACCCCCGCCCGGACCGCCACCCGGACCGCCGCCACCCGGACCAGCCCCACCUGGUGCCAGACCCCCGCCACCUCCACCACCAGGACCACCGCCACCCGGACCAGCCCCACCUGGUGCCAGACCCCCGCCUGGACCGCCCCCGCCCGGACCGCCGCCACCCGGACCCGCCCCACCUGGUGCCAGACCGCCUGGACCGCCCCCACCCGGACCACCGCCACCCGGACCCGCCCCACCUGGUGCCAGACCCCCGCCACCACCACCCCCACCCGCUGACAAACCCCAGCAGGGACCAGCCCCAUCCGGUGACAAACCAAAGAAGAAACCACCCCCACCCGCUGGCCCACCCCCACCACCACCACCCCCACCCGGACCACCGCCACCCGGACCAGCCCCACCUGGUGCCAGACCCCCGGGACCUCCACCACCAGGACCACCGCCACCCGGACCCGCCCCACCUGGUGCCAGACCCCCGCCCGGACCGCCCCCACCCGGACCGCCGCCACCUGGACCAGCCCCACCUGGUGCCAGACCUCCGCCCGGACCUCCCCCACCACCCCCAGGUCCCAGCCCACCAAGACCUCCACCAGGCCCGCCACCCCAGUGACCCGGAAUUCAAGGACAGAAAAUGAGCGCGAAAACACCCGUCCUUCGGAGAGCCGUGACAUUGGAAUGUGACGGUUGAGCUUCGAUUACCAAUAAAAUCAUCUGCAUCC